AUGACUGAGUACGGGAUCGCAUUUACGGUAGUUCAAGGCCUAGAGAGAAACAGGAACAACUGUUUUGACCCGAAACAUUUAUAUUCGGUCCACCUCUUGUCGCCCAACAACGACAAUCUGCAAAGUAAGGAUCUUUCAUUGUGCUUCUAAGAAGUCUUGAGAACCUGUCACAUGAAAAUUCACUUAAAAUUCGGAAAAUUGGAAAAGAUUUUCCUUUCUCUGUAUUAUCAUUUUGCCAGGCUGGCUUAACCAAAAAUGGACUGCAUUCUGCUGAGACCGCGUCUCACCCAGAAGGCGCCGCGUGGAGGCAGCAGUCCAAGCCUUCCGGUUAAGGAUCUUUAUUGGUUGCGUUAGCAAAUGAGCCUAAACAACUUCCGACCCCACCAAAUCUUUCACCCGACUCGCGGUGGCUUUCGCGCCUUUGCAUCUUAUAUCAGGAGGACAGCAAAAAACGUUCGCCUUAAUUUAUUUUUCUGUCAGGACCGAGGCUAUCCGUUUGAAGUACCUCCGUUACUAUUUAGUAGCAAAUUCCAUCUCUGAAGCUGUACAUGAAUUUUUUUUUCGAUAGAGAAAUACGAAUUGUAGGGGUUGUUUGUAGCAAAGAAGCGGAAAUGAUUGAGAACUUUUUUGGUUAUUUUUCUCCAACUUUUCUGGUUAUUUUUCUCCAUGAAAAAUUGCAUGGAAGGGGAUUUUUGAUAUGCGGUGUAAAACUACAGUACCGCUCAAAAGUGUAUUAAGUUUUGGUUUUUUGAGGAUAUCUCAGCGAGUACUUAUCCGAUUUAUAUAUAACUUUUAGGGAUAAUGUAAAAUAUACUUUGAAACAUAUACGGUAUACAAAUACAUGUCCGCAAUCACUGUGGCGCGUUUUAGGAAUUUUUUGAAUUCAUGUUUUUUUAUGCUUUUAUUUUUUAUUUAUUUUUAUUAAAUUUUUAAAAAGUAAUAAUGUUGCCAUGAGUUCUUUUUUUCCUGUUUUCAGACCCGGGAAGAACCUCUGGAAAAAAGGAUUUGACUGAUAACGACAAAAGAGCCAUCGUUGUGGGUCGUCAAAAUGGACUGACCAUGAUGACGUUGGCAGGAAUGUUCGGCGUGACAGAGGCGUGCGUUUCUCAGUUCCUAAAGCGUUGAAAAGCUCAAGAUGGCUCUACUAAGAGCCAACGCACUGGAAGACCACGUGUCACUGAUCGUAAUGACGAUAGAGUCAUUUUGAAGACGUCUAGAACCAAUCCAAGACUCACCGCCCCUGCGAUCAGACGGGAAGUUUUCUUGAAUUCGCCAUCUCCGCCAUCCGUCUGGUCUGUGAAACGACGUCUGAAUGUUGCUGGAGUCAUGGGAAGACUUCCAGUGAAAAAACCGCUGAUUUCUGAAAAGAAUCGAGCUGGCAGGGUGAAGUGGGCGAAAGAGCAUCUCAACUGGACCCGUCAAGACUGGAACAAGAUACUGUGGUCCGACGAAACGGUCCUCCACCAUGUUUCACAGUGGGUAAUUGGUAUUUCGGAUGAUAUCUGGACCCAAUUGGUCUAUGAACCCACUGAAUUCCGUCACUUCCAAAGAGGAGGAACUUGCUUUCGUCGGACUACAGAAUCUUGUUCCAGUCUUGACGGGUCCAGUUGAGAUGCUCUUUCGCCCACUUCACCCUGCCGGCUCGAUUCUUUUCAGAAAUCAGCGGUUUCUUCACUGGACGUCUUCCCAUGAUUCCAGCAGCAUUCAGACGUCGUUUCACGGUCGAGACGGAUGGCGGAGAUGGCGAAUUCAAGAAAACUUCCCGUCUGAUCGCAGGGGCGGUGAGUCUUGGAUUGGUUCUAGACGUCUUCAAAAUGAUUCUAUCGUCAUUACUGUUGAAUAUGUGAAUUGAUAGUGAUCAAAUAAUAGAUCACGUGAGAGAUAUCCCAACUAAGAGUAUAAAAGAAGUCGGGAACUCAGAUCAUCAUCACUCGUACCGCCCCCGUUUCGCCUCCAGCCUCGCCGUCGCUUCAAGCCUCGGACUGA